UCACGUUCUGACUGCCCAUCAGACAUGGAUUCCUGGAAUGAGUGGCUGCUUGAAUCGUUCAUGAAAAAUGUUUUGGCGUUCUUGUUUAUUCUUCCAGCAAUCCAUGCUUCCAGCGUCGGCAAUCAUGAGAGUACCUCAGGUUUGGCUUCACCGCUCCAUGAAUUCUCGGACCUUGACGUUAGAGAUUAUCAGCCAGUCAUCUUCUCGUUGUUCGCAGGCUUCGUCCACUUCCAGACGGUGCAUUUCCUGGGAGUCGCCAUGACCGAUUAUGAUUGCGCAUCCGCAUGUCGUAUCCAUAUAGUCGACCUCAAACAUAGAAAUGUUAUCCAAGACUUGGCGCUUUCGUCGGGCUAUUACACAGAAGUACCAUUGAUCGACUUGCAGUGGGGACUGCGUUAUGAAGCGAGCAUCACGUGCGACGACGCCGGAUGCUCAUCAGGUCUGCUCGCUGCCUUGAAGCGCCGCUGUUGAACCCAUGGAUGCGUCUCUCACUCAAAUUUUCCAUCGCAGAUCCUACGCACCUUGAAUUUCAGUCAUCUGAUGAAGAACUUUCACACAUUGGAAACAUGACAAUCCAGCGCGAAGUGAAAGACAUUCAAUUCACACAGCCAGAGCUUUCUGCACCGCACUCUGUUCUCUCGCUUCACCAAGAAGCCCUCCCAGCCGAAAUGAAAGACAUCUCUGAAACGAGUUGCGACUGCUCGGCUUGCGCUGAGGGGACUGAUUUGAAGCCAGAAAAGUUUCAACGAUGGAUGAUCGCAGCAGUUGGACUGGCUGUACUGCUUCUAGCAUCAAUACUGCUAGCUCCAUGACGUGCGUGCAUCCAAUCUUUGGCUGAUGUACCUCCACAAUGUCUCAGGGAAACAAGUACUCCCAAGACUAUCAUAUAAUCUCUGAAAAUUUUAUGAGAAACGUCACAAGAAGUUUGGCAUCUGCACAUAGAGAUUUGGCUGAUAUGC